CCCCCUGGUAACAACCAUAGAGAAAGGUCUAUGGUAACAACAUAGAUUAACAAGUAGUAAAUAAUACAUUUGAAACUGAUAAAGUAAUGAUUAAAAUAGCGUCUUUAUUUUUAUAGGAGUCAGAAAAUGCUUUUUACCAUAAUUUUUUUUCAAAGAAGAAUAAAUGUUAUAUAAUUCUACAGUUUCUAAAAUCUAUUCAUUUUUCUUUUAAUAAAUUUAUUUAUUUACAUCAUGUCUGAUGCAUGGGAAGAAAUUCAAGCUAUUAAAAGUAAAAGAAAUAGUCUUAGAGAACGUUUAGAGAAAAGAAAAAAAGAGAGGCAAGAUAUUUUAGGUACAAGUUUAGGAAAGAAAGCUUCAUCGGCUUCGACCACUCCAGAAGGUAUUAGUUGUGCAUCAUCAACAAAUUUGAAGGAGGAAACCAAAUCCAAGCAUGACCCUUCAGAGGAUGAUGAUCUCAUCAAAAUUGACCCAGGACUUGAGAAGGAAUUAUUGAAGUUACUUAGUGAAGUGACAUUACAAAUUCCUAUAUCAUCAAAUGAACUUUCACAAAAACUCAAAAUCGGUACUGAUGAAAAUACAAGACAGAAGCAAGUUUGUAAUUUGCUGCAAAAAUUUGCUACCCAGAAAUUGAUCACGGUCAAGGAUUUAAAGGAUGGGAACUUGAAUAUAAGUGUUACAUAUGUGGAAGUUAGCAAAGUCAAUGCUAUGAUAGCUGAGUUUUAUGAAGAUAUUGAUGUUAUAGAAUCAGAACAAAGGCAGAAAAAGAAGAGAGAUGUUUCACCAGAUAAGAAAAACUGUGAAGAAGAUGAAAGGAGAAAAAGAGAGAAGAAAGAACCUAAAGCAGAUAUAAUGUCUCUGCUUUCAAUGUCAUCAACUAAAGAGCGAGAAAGCAAAAAAAUCGGUGAAGAAAUAAUGGAACUUCUGAGUAGACCCACUGCUAAAGAAAGAUCACUUGCUGAACGUUUUCGUUCACAAGGAGGAAAGCAACUUAUGGAAUUCUGCCAAUAUGGUACGAAAGGAGACUGUGAAAGAAAUGGUGUGACUGAUUGCAAAAAACUUCACUUCAAGAAAAUCAUUCAAAAACACACUGAUGAAGCUCUUGGAGACUGCUCAUUUCUAAAUACCUGUUUUCAUAUGGACACAUGUAAAUAUGUUCAUUAUGAAGUAGAUAGAAUAAGUCAAAAUGAAGAAUCCGGUAAGGAUCGACCCAAUGUACCAGCCAUCAGGGCUGAGAGUUCCACGACUCUAUAUCCUCCUCAAUGGGUUCAAUGUGAUCUUAGAUAUCUAGAUAUGACAGUAUUAGGGAAAUUCGCUGUUAUCAUGGCAGAUCCUCCUUGGGAUAUUCAUAUGGAACUUCCUUACGGUACAAUGUCUGAUGAUGAGAUGAGGCAAUUAGGAAUCCCUCAACUUCAAGAUGACGGUCUCAUUUUCCUGUGGGUAACUGGGAGAGCAAUGGAAUUAGGUCGAGAGUGUCUAAAAUUAUGGGGAUAUGAGAGAGUUGAUGAAAUAAUCUGGGUCAAGACCAACCAACUCCAAAGGAUAAUAAGAACAGGAAGAACAGGUCAUUGGUUAAAUCAUGGAAAAGAACAUUGUUUGGUGGGAAUGAAAGGCAAUCCUAAAAAUUUGAACAGGGGCUUAGAUUCUGAUGUAAUAGUUGCAGAAGUCCGGGCAACUAGUCAUAAACCAGAUGAAAUUUAUGGUAUGAUAGAACGUUUAUCUCCUGGUACCAGAAAAAUAGAGUUAUUUGGAAGACCUCAUAAUAUUCAACCCAACUGGAUUACACUUGGCAACCAAGUGGAUGGUAUAAGACUAGUUGAUCCGGAACUCAUAGAAAAUUUUAAAAAGAGGUAUCCAACUGGUAAUUGUAUGGCACCCCCACCUGAGACUAGUCAUUGAAUAAAAUUAUAAAUUGUGAUUGAUUGGAGAUGACUUUAAUUUUUAUUGAAUUCCAUCAAAUUUUGUGUAAAUAAAAUUAGUAAAUAUUUAUUAAAGUA